GUUGGGCCUGCUUCCCCACCCCCUCCCUGGAAAGGAAAGGCCCAGGCAACUUCGGUUUGAGACCUACAGGACCCAAUUUCCCAACCGCGGGAAGCCGGAAGGAAAUCGAUUGCCCCGUGCCCAAUCGUGCCCAAUCGUGGCCAAUCCUGUGCUCUGGGAUCGAUUCCCACAGGCCCUGGUGCCCACAGCAGAGCUCCGCACCAGGAACAAGACAAGCUCAGCCUGCAGCUUCCCAGUGUCUUGCUAUCGCUGGCGCUUCUGUGAUCGUCGCCCGGAGGCUGCAGGGGCAAUAUCAGAUUGUGCAAAGACCCUGACUCUCUGUACAAAUACCCCAGGUCUCUCCCACGACAAUGUCUUCCAUUAAGAUCGAGUGUGUUUUGCCAGAGAAUUGCCGGUGUGGUGAGUCUCCAGUAUGGGAAGAAUCAUCCAACUCUCUGCUUUUCGUAGACAUUCCUGCAAAAAAGGUGUGCCUUUGGAAUUCACUCACCAACCAAGUGCAGCGAGUGACCGUGGAUGCCCCAGUCAGCUCAGUGGCCCUCCGCCAGUCAGGAGGCUAUGUCGCCACAGUUGGAACAAAGUUCUGUGCUUUGAACUGGGAAGAUCAAUCAGUAGUUGUGCUGGCUACAGUGGAUAAAGACAAGAAAAAUAAUCGAUUCAAUGAUGGGAAGGUGGAUCCCGCUGGGAGAUACUUUGCUGGUACCAUGGCCGAGGAAACAGCCCCAGCAGUACUUGAGCGACACCAAGGGUCCCUGUACUCUCUCUUUCCUGACCACCAUGUGAAGAAGUACUUUGACCAAGUGGACAUUUCCAAUGGGUUGGAUUGGUCCCUGGACCACAAAAUCUUUUAUUACAUUGACAGCCUCUCCUACUCUGUGGAUGCCUUUGACUACAACCUGCAGACAGGACAGAUCUCCAACCGAAGAAGUGUUUACAAGCUGGAGAAAGAUGAGCAAAUCCCAGAUGGAAUGUGUAUUGACACUGAGGGGAAACUUUGGGUGGCCUGCUACAAUGGAGGAAGAGUGAUUCGUUUAGAUCCUGAGACAGGGAAAAGACUCCAAACAGUGAAGUUGCCUGUUGACAAAACAACUUCAUGCUGCUUUGGAGGAAAGGAUUACUCUGAAAUGUAUGUCACCUGUGCCCGGGAUGGAAUGGACUCUGAGAGUCUUCUGAGGCAACCUGAAGCUGGUGGAAUUUUCAAGAUAACUGGCCUGGGGGUCAAAGGAAUUGCCCCCUAUCCCUACGCUGGAUGAGUAACAGAUUUUCCUUCAUGCUGAAUGAGGCUUUGAAGACAAGCAGAGAAUUCUGGGGCUGAAAUUUCAA